CAUAGCCAUUGCAAUACCACUAGAUAUGAAGAGACUGGGGGAUUUGGGGUGAAAAGAAACAGUGGCCUUCACAGCUUAUGGUUUAAAUAUCCCAUUUUUGCGCAUUUUAUUAAAAUAUAUCACCAUGCGGACACAUUGCCAGGGCCCCUUCUGAGCUGUCGUGACAGGGGCCUGUGUAAGUGAGGUGCCCUGAAGCUUAAGCUCUUUAACUUCCUGGCAAAUUUGCCUCGGCCUUCCCGUUCCCAACAUCUUCCAAGCCCCUAUCCCAGCUAUCCUGGACUGCUGCUGUCAUUUCCUGUUUCUUCCUUGCCCCUCUCAGUCUGUUCUUAACACAGCAACCAAAGCAAUCUCAUAAAAAACUCAAGUCAGAUCACGGCAUACCUCAGCCCAAAGGCUUCCAAUGUUUUCCAUCUCAUGUGCAGUAGAAGCAAGUAGCCCAGGAGGUUCCGCAAGACCUGGCUCUUACCGCCUUUUUGACCUCAUCUCUUGGCCUCCACCCCUUCCUCACUCCACUCCAGCCACAUGAGCCUCCUGCAGUUUCUGGAGUGGCCAGGCAGGCUUCACAGGGCUUUUGCAUUUGCUGUUGGUGCAGCCUGGACCACUUCCUCCAGGUAUCCAAAGGGCUCCCUCUCUCACCUCCUUCCAGAAGGCUGGCUGGACCUCCCUAUUCAAAAAUGCACCUCUCCCCACACCUAGUCCCUAUUCCCUGCUUUGUAUUCUGCCAUAAAAUGUACCACCCUCUGACACACUACUAAAUUUUGUUUAUUGUCUGCCUUCCUCCACUGAAACAAGAGCUCCGGGAGGUGUGGACGGUUUUUUGUCCACUGCUGUAUCCCAGUGCCUAGAACAGGGCCCGACACACAGUGGCUGACUUCCGGCAAACACAGCGGAUUCUGCCUUCAGCUUUCUAUUCUUCAGCCCCACCAGGAGCCAGCAGGACCACCUUCUAAGGAAGGGCAAUGAGACUACAAUGACUGAAAGGCCAAUUUUCCUAAAAGAGAGAAGCAAAGGUGAACUAGUGACAGUGUUUGCUAGCACCGGAGUGAUGAAUUUUUAUAAAGAGCUGUCUUUUGUGAAGUGAAUCACCAGAGGAUUUGGUCACUGAGCUGUAAACCUCUUGCAUCUCCUCCCCUCUCCCCAAAGAUAUAAUCCAGGGUAAUUGUGAUAUUAAUUGGAAAUUGCCAAAUCAUAUAAUUUCUCUUCCCGGUUCAAGGAAAAUAAUACAAAUAAAAAGAAAAUAAAAGGCAGAAGAAAAGGAGACAUUUGAAAUGCUUAUUCUUGUUUAUCUUUUCUUCAUUUUCAUUUUUCUUUCUCCUUCUGACUAAAGAGAAUAAAACAAACGAGAAGAUAUUACAGAAAAGCAAGGAAAAGUCUGUUAUUAGAGCAAACCACUUGAUCAGAGAAGUGCUGGCAUUCUGGUGAGGCCAGUGAGCUUAGUGCCAUACAAAUAUAUUUAUACCACUUACACAUAUGAAAUGUUUUAAGAUGCUAACAUAAUAGAAACAAUUUUUCAACAAGUACAGGUAAAAGAAAUUAUAAUGCCACCAUUAUAAGAGAAAGGCUACCAUCAGGGUACGUUUUCUUCCAAUCUUUUCUCAUAUGCAUACAUUCGUACAUACUGUUCAUGUCAUAUAUGUACUUUUUGUAUCCUGAUUUUUUUCCUCACUCUACUUCAGAUCAAAUAAACAUUCCAUGUGGCAAAUUUGUCUGCAUGUUUGUAAUUUUUUUUUUUUUUUAAGAGACAGGGUAUCACUCGGUUGCUCAGACUGGAGCGCAGUGGUGCAAUCAUGGCUCACUGCAGCCUUGAACUCCUGGGCUCAAAUGAUCCUCCCACUUCAGCCUCUAGAGUAGCUGGGACUACAGGCAAGAGCCACUGCACCCAGGCUGCAUGCUUGUAAUUUUAAAGAUGCAUAACAUUCUAUCCUGUGGCAGUAACAUAUUUUGUUUAGCCAUUCAACUAUAACUGGACAUUUAUGUUGCUUACAUUUUUCACUCUUAAAAUGUUAUUAUGAACUUUUAGUGCAUAUAGUAUUUUUCUCCCUAGUAUUUUCAAUGAUCUUCCUAGGAUGACUUUCUAGUAGUAGGAAAAUUGAGUCAAAAGUGAUGACUCUUUUAUGGUUCUUGAAAGUGACAGUAAAACUGCUUUCCAGCAGGUUUGUGCCAAUUUACAGUGAAGCCAGUGAAACGUGUGAGUACUAGUUUCACCAUACUCUCCCCAGCAUUUGAUAUUACUACUUUUUAUUUUGCUAAUUUAAAAAGGAUUCUUAUUUUAAUAUGUAUUUUCCUAUAUCUAUUUUCCUUGAUUAUUUCUUCUGCUGGGAAAUGCCAUUUCAUAUCCCUUCUCCAAUUUACCUUCGUGGGUUGUCUCAAUAUUCUUCUUAUUCUUUUUCAUGGGCUGUAUAUUAACCCUUUCUCAUAUGCACUGUAUUUAUCCAAUCUGUUUGUUUUACAUUCCUGGUUAUACUGUCAUCUAAAACAAUUUAGCCCUUUUAUGUAGUUCAGAUCUUAUCAAGUGAAUUUCUCCUAUUACAUGUAUUCUUGUAAAAUCCUCUCCUUGUCUUAUCUCCACAACUUUAUUUUAUUUUAUUUAUUUGAGAUAAGGUCUUGCUCUGUUGCCCAGGCUGGAGUGCAGUGGUGCAAUCAUAGCUCAUUGCAGCCUCAAACACCUGAGCUUAAGUGAUCCUCCUGCCUCAGCGUCCUGAGUAGCUGGGACUACAGGUGUUCACCACCACACCCAGCUAGUUGAUUUCUUUUAAUUUUUGGUAGAGAUGGGGGUCUCACUAUGUUGCCUAUGCUUCCAUGACUUAAAUAAGAAUUUAAUUCUGCUCUCUGAUUUUCAUUUCUGUAUCUAGCUAUUUAAUCCAUUCAUUUUAAUGUAUGAUCUUUACAUCAAAUUGAUCUCUGCCCUAAAUGCUACAGUUAUCCAAGACUAGAUGUAUUUGAAGAAACCCUUGCAUAACACAAGACAGUAGACUAUGCCUAUAUAAAAAGUUCGUGUGUGCUGGGGCAUGGUUCCAGGCUCCCUGGGGAGAGACAGGGAAGAAGCAGCCCCAAAGGACUUAAAAUGUGAUGUGGUGGUUCAGUGAGAAAAGUGGGCAUGACGAGAAUAAAGCGUAGGAGUGCACGGGAAUGUUCCCGAGGUGUUUCUACCUUGCCCUUUCUGUGCAUAAACAACACUGGGGAAUGAAAUCACUGCUGAAAAUGAUAACCGCUUGACCCAGAGGUUUUCCUAGCUCGUUAGAGUCCUUUUAGUGCUUCAGGAAUGAGAACUCUCAGCUGACCUAGUGCAAUACAUAUACUGAGCACCUGUUGAGUGUAUGCAGCAUGCUAUGCUAGGCACCUUGUGUGGGUACCUUGUGGGAUGCAAGAUAGUCCUGGGGCCACCACGAGUUAAGCUGAGUGAUGAAAUAACGGAGAUUAAUCCAGGCAGAUAACCCAGCGCAGCGCUGGCUCUGCUGCGCAGCCUUGCUGGUGUGGAGUGUGGCGCUGCACCUCUAAAUGGCUGCGUCCACCCUCCGUCUCCCUCCCCACCUCUCAGUUGGCCGAAGCUUCUGAUCACAGACAAGAAUCUCCGCUCGCUUUCCCGCUGGCCGCCAGGCAGCCAAGUUCACUCAAGCUCUCUCAAAGCUUUUGCAAGAGUGGGUCUUAAAUCCUGGCGGGGGGCACGUGCACUCAUUUAAGACUUAAAAAGGAAUCGGAAACACCUGUCCCCCAUGCCCACUGCUGCCCACAGACCUGAAGACCCAAGCGACCACACUUGGUAGGCACUUCUGCCCUUCUGGUCUGGUUCCCACCCGCCCAUCCCGAGUCGCGGUUGUCUUUCCCGGUGCUCACGGCAGGCAGACCGCAGCCUGUGGCCGCUAGUGUUUCCUUCGCUAGGACCACAUGUCAUUGUCUUGGCUUCGCAUCUUUUGACGGGCAGGCAGGUGGACAGGGACUUGCCCUACCUCAACCCGGUCCCCAGCUUGGCACGAGCGGAUAAAUCUUGAAAAAGAAAAAAAUGAUCUGGGCCAUUUAACCGUGGCAUGGCGGGUCCAGAUCCCCAAACCUGUCACUAGUGACGUCCCACGUGGCAGAUUCGCUCUCAGGGAAGCCCGUCACCGUUUUUGUCCGGGACAUCCUCCCCAUGCCCACCCUCCGCUCCGGGAAUUCACCCUCCGGGCCGCCCCGCCUCGUUCCCUCCCACAGCCCGGCGGACCCAAGACGGGAAGGGCGGGCACUCCCUGCAGAGUCCCUGGGGCGCCCGCGGCUCGGGGUGCGCGGUGGCACUCGGUGAAGCCGGCGUCUUCGCCCCAGAGCCGCGGCCUCGGGGCCGCUGGAGGAGCGAGAGUGGCGCCCGGAUGACUGAUCGCCGCGGAGAAAGUCCCCCGGGACUGUGACCCCCGCGCCGGGGGGCGGGCGCAGGGCGUGGCUGAGGCGCAGGAAGAUGCCGCGAUGGGACCGGGAAAAAAACCACCGACCCCAAAACACCCACUGUGUUUCUCAACCUGAGUUCCCCGGCAGCGGCCGAAGGACCCCAAAGGCUGCAUGGCGCCCCCCUGGCCCCCACCGGCCCGGGCGUCGCCUCGCGUGGGUGGGCUUCGCGUUCCCUCCGGGGUUUCAGAGCCACCACGUGACUUCCACGAAGCGCGGGGCGCCGGCGGAAAGCCGCAGCAGGGGUGGGAUUUGGGACCCCGAGAGCCCUGAGGAUGAUGACAGGAAGGUCCGAAGGAGAGAAAAAAACCGGGUUGCUGCUCAGAGAAGUCGGAAGAAGCAGACCCAGAAGGCUGACAAGCUCCAUGAGGUCACUUCAUACUCCAAGAUGAUUGCCAGAGCUCCAUCCAUCAGGUCCACAUUCCAGGCCAACAGCAAGAGAAAGGAAAAGAAAAAGAAAAGAGUGUCUGCUCCUCACUUUUACAGAGGCUUUUCCAGAAGUCUCACAUGACUUUUCUAUGCAUGCUUCAUUGGGCGUCAUUUUGUCAUACGGCUACGUCUAGCUGCAAGGAAGGCUGGGAAGUGUAAUCUUUCAGCUGGGGAUAUUGCCCAGGACGCAGUUACUAAGGAAGAAGGAGAGGAUGGUUGUGAUAUUAUGCUGAGCAAAAGGGGCCAGGACACAAAAAGAGUACAUAGUGUAUGAUUUUAAUUCAUAGAGACAGAAAACAAGAUCUAACUUACAGUGAGAGAAAGCUCAUCAUUGAUUGCACACCAUGAUGGAAUGAGACAAAGUACAAGGAAACUUUUUGGGAUAAUGGAAAUGUUCUGUGUUUUGAUUGUGGUGAUGGUUAUAUGAGUAUAUAAAUUUGUCAAAAUUCCUCCAAAUGUAUACUUAAAAUAGAUGCAUUUUUCCAUAUAAACUAUACAUCAAUAAAGUUGAUUUU